AUGUUCGACGUGCAUGUGAUCGCUUGGAUUUGGUGUGGGUUAUGUGCUGGAGCUAGUAUAUUUGUGGCAAAUUUGAAGAGAAAGACGUAUCCACGAGACGCUGCCGAGAACAAUGCAGGAAUUUCGUGGAUUGCAACGACGCUUCCUCUUUCCUUACUUGAAAGCUUACAAGCUCCGUAUCUCUACGCGUUUUUCUACGAUCUCAACUUUUUACCUACACAAAUAGCUGUUCUGUAUGUAGUCGGUCUGAUUUCGAACAUGGUCUUCAGUUUUUACUGUGUGCAUCUUUCGGCAAGAUACGGUCGUCGGGCUCUUUGCCUUUUGUGUAUAAUGGCUGGAGCCUUUGGUUGUGCAUGUAAACUCAAUUCAUCAUUUGUAAUCCUUUUCAUUGGACGUGUACUAGAUGGCCUCUUUGCGGCUCUUGUCACGAGCCCAUUCCAGCAAUGGUACGCCGAUGAACAUCAGAUUACAUUCGAUUUCCCUCCUGAAUGGAUCCAAUCGACUUUCCUCAUGCUAUCCUUAUUCGCCGGUUUCUUAUCAGUCACAGCUGGCAUCACUUCUCAUAUAGUUGUGGGUAUAUCGAAAGUGAUUGUGUUACCGUAUAUCUUAUCGAUUGGAACAUUGGUAAUCGGUGAGUUCUGCAUGUACUGA